GUAGCCUUGAUGACUGUGACUGGCUGGUUCUCUCCCCCGCGGUGGGAUCAUCGGGCACAGCGCUGGAGGAUGCAGCAGCCACAGACAGCAACUCGGAGAUGAAGCUUACUAAGGCCAACCAUGCAGGUCGCACAGCGCAUGCUCGCUGACCAGACACUAUGUGUGGAGCGGACCAAUCCGGACUCCCUAGUUAUUGUCCUUGGUGUCUUUAACAAAGGAAACCUCACUCAUGUACUACCUGUACCAUGUACGACCAGAGAGGAGAACAUUCUGGAUCACUGUUACACCACAGUCAGGGAUGCUUAUCACGCCGUCCCCCGUGCUGCACUGGGACUCUCUGACCACGUCAUGGUUCACCUGAUCCCCACCUACAGGCAGAAACUAAAGCUCUGCAAACCUGUAGUGAGGACAUCAAGGAAGUGGACCAGUGUAGCUGUGGAGUAUCUCCAGACGUGCUUGGACUCUACUGACUCGGAUGUGUUCAGGACUGCUACCAACAAUCUGGAUGAGUACACAGAGGCUGUGACGUCAUACAUCAGCUUCUGUGAGGACUGCUGUGUUCCAUCAAGCACCAGGGUGAGUUACAACAAUGACAAACCCUGGUUCACAGCCAAACUCAGAAGGCUAAGGUUGGACAAGGCUGAGGUGUUCAGGAGUGUAAACAAAAACAGACUUAAAGUAGCAAAGUACAAGUUUAGCAAGGCGGUGAAAGAGGCUAACAACAGUACUCUGAGAAACUCAGUUCUCAGCAAACAACUCUACUUCUGUCUGGAGAGGCGUUAAACAGAUCACCAGUUUCAAGCCUAGUCUCCCACUCCACCAUCGACCGACGCCUAGCCAACGACCUCAAUGAGUUCUACUGUCGCUUUGAUGGACAAAGGGUCGGUCCUGUAACCAUUCCCCUCAACACCUCCCAACAAAGGGUCUUCCCUGAUUCCAUCCCCCGCGACACCUCCCAACAGUCCUACAGUGCAUCACCUCCACCUCCCCCACCUUAAAGGUCCCCCCUCCACCUCCCCACCCACCUCAGUGACGACUCUUUCCAUCAAUGAGGAAGACGUCAACAGACUGUUCAGGUGACAUAACCCCAGGAAAGCUGCUGGACCGGAUGCUGUCUCCCCAUCCAGCUUGAAGCACUGUGCUGACCAGCUGUCUCCAGUGUUCACAGACAUUUUCAACACCUCACUGGAGACAUGCCACGUGCCAGCCUGCUUCAAGUCCUCAACAAUCAUCCCUGUUCCCAAGAAGCCAAGGACCACAGGACUUAAUGACUUCAGACCUGUCGCCCUGACCUCUGUGCUUAUGAAGUCCUUUGAGCGCCUUGUGCUUUCACACUUCAAAGCCAUCACCGACCCCCUCCUGGACCCCCUGCAGUUUGCCUACAGAGCCAAUAGGUCUGUCGAUGAUGCAGUCAACCUGGCCCUCCACUAAAUCCUCCGGCACCUGGCCUCCACAGGAAACUACGCCAGGAUCCUGUUUGUGGACUUCAGCUCUGCCUUUAACACCAUCAUCCCGGCUCUGCUCCAGGAGAAACUCUCCCUGCUUAGUGUGCCUGACUCCACCUGCAGGUGGAUCACUGACUUCCUGUCUGACAGGAAGCAGCAUGUGAAGCUGGGGAAAGAAAUCUCCGACUCACAGACCAUCAGCACCGGAUCCCCUCAGGGCUGUGUUCUUUC